AUGGGCUGCGGUGCUUCCAUCGAGGCCGUCACGGUCAACCAAAUGUCGGCGAUGGACGCGAUGGAAUCCCCGAAGAUGAAGGCCGAGGAGCUGGACCGGUCGAUGACUGAGACCGAGACGGACGAGACGGAGCACGUGGACAGCGAGGGCGCGUCGAGUCCGCGUGACAGGAAGGAGGCCAGGCGCUUGGAUCGAGAGCAGAAGAAGGCGGCGCGCGAGGAGAAGAAGGCCGAGAAGGAGGCCGAGAAGGAGGAGCGGCGCGCCGCGAAGGAGGAGGCGAAGAAGGCCGUCGCGGAGAUGAAGAAGUCGGAGCGGGAGGCCAAGGCGGAGAAGGCCGGGGAGGGGGAGGAGGCGGGCGCGGAGGGCGGCGGCAAGCACGCCGUGCUGGACCUGAAGAAGGCGGAGAAGGCCGCGAAGAAGGCCGAGGCGGGCGCGGCGCGGCAGCUCUCCAAGCGCGAGAGCAAGCGGCGCGUCAAGCUGGGCGCGUACGACGCGGUCGUCGACGAGGCGGCGUUCGAGCAGGCGUAG